CCAAUUUUAAAGCCCUAAAUAACAGAUUUUCCAUUUAUUUGAGCAGGUGACAAUGACGUAACGUUUCGCUGAUUUUGCCACAACUUAGUAUAUAAGUCGUGGUGGGGCUGCGAUGGGCAAAGGCGACCGUGACGUCUGGCCAUAAAGACACUGUCUUGGGCCGACCAACAUGGACACCGUGAUCGUGUUUUGCUUCGUUCUUGUGCAAUUGUCGCAAGUCAACUCUCAAAUCUUCGAGUCGCAUCACGGUGACCACAAGAGCCUUCUACGUACAAACCUUUUCCAAAGUCCGGUAGCGAAGAGUUCGUACGUAGAUCCGGACGCAUUUUUCCGUGAUUCAGCGAUAAAGAAGAGUUUCAAAAAUUAUGCUCCCAAUAUAGACGAACCCCAAAUAAAUCAGAAGCAUAAUGGACGUAAUCUACCAAAUCGAAGAAAUGAGCUUAAGACGCUAAUCAAUCACGGGAUAGCUAACAACAAUGAAGACUUCAAAUUUUUAAGUCAAUUACAGCAAAGCCAUGAGAAUACCGAUGUACAUAAAUUGUUGAAAAAUGAACAGGGAGACCCAAAAAAGAUAUAUAAUAUCAAGGCUGAAGAGAAUGUAACUAAAGACGACUUUAUAUCUAACAAAAAAAGUAAUCGAUUAGAAUAUUCAUAUGAUUUAGAAGAAGAAGAGGAAGAAGAGGAGUUUUGGAGAAACGAAGAUGCGUAUAUUGACGAUGAUACCACUGAUCCUGGGGAACUAAUACAUUUAACAAGUCAAGAUGAACCAGCAAUAAAGCCAAAUGAAGAAAACCACACAUCGAAUCUGUCGUACAGCAACCAUCUCCGCAAGAUGAUCAAAUAA